AGAACAUAAUAAAAUUGAUAACUCGUCAUUGACCUCUUUAUUUAAUUGCUCUACAAGUGCGAUAUUUCACUGCAAAACGAAUUAAUUUCUUUAGUUGCACCCACAAAUCAUCCGUCUCAACAUGUACUAAACGUAGAAUAUUGAAACAAAACCAUUCAGAAUGCUACUAAAAACCUUAACGACCCAUAAACAAUGGAGGUUAUGGCGCGUAAACUAUCACACUAUAGGCAACCACACCAACACGCCACCUUCUCUUCGCGGCAGUUACGCUGCAAAACGUGCAAUAAACGCGAAAAUCAAACCGCGCUUCGAUAAGCUGCUGAUUGCUAAUCGCGGUGAAAUCGCGUGUCGAAUAAUAAACACGGCUCGCGCAAUGGGCAUACGAACAGUGGCUGUGUUUUCCGACAUAGAUUCAAAUUCGAAACAUGUCAAAAUGGCGGACGAAUCUAUCCAUAUAGGUGGUCCUAAACCUUCAGACAGCUAUAUGAACAUACAAAGUAUUAUUGAAGCUGCAAAAAUGACAGGAGCUAACGCAAUACAUCCAGGAUACGGAUUUUUAGCAGAAAAUUAUAAAUUUGUUGAAUUAUUAAACCAAAACAAUUUAAUUUUUGUUGGACCAUCUUCAGAUUCCAUAGCAAAAAUGGGCGAUAAAUUAAAAUCCAAACAAGUAGCAAUGGCGGCUGGUAUCAGAACCAUUCCUGGAUUUGAUGGAAUUAUUCAAAAUGUCAACCAUUGUUUAGAAAUAGCUCAAAUUAUAGGUUAUCCUAUAAUGAUCAAAGCAUCAGCAGGGGGUGGCGGUAGAGGCAUGAGGAUAGCUCAUAACGAAAAAGAAGCAAGUGAGGGUUAUGAGUUAGCUGCAGCCGAAGCUCAAAUUGCUUUUGGGGAUAACCGUAUUUUACUAGAAAAACACAUAACCAAUCCCCGCCAUAUUGAAAUUCAAGUCUUAGGUGACCAACUUGGCAAUGCCAUACAUUUGGGUGAAAGAGAAUGUAGCAUUCAAAGAAGACACCAGAAGAUUAUAGAAGAAGCUCCCAGUAGCUUCCUAGAUGAAUCUACCAGAUCACUUAUGGGUUCGCAAGCAGUGGCGUUAUGUAAAAAAAUCAACUAUCACUCUGCAGGUACCGUGGAGUUUUUAGUUGAUUCCGAGAAAAACUUUUAUUUUCUUGAGAUGAAUACGCGUCUACAAGUUGAACACCCACUGACUGAAUGCAUUACUGGUAUUGACCUUGUGGAAGCAAUGUUAUUGGUAGCUCAAGGUCAACCACUACCAGUCUCUCAAAAUGAUAUCUCCUUCAAAGGAUGGGCUAUCGAAACAAGAAUCUAUGCAGAAGAUCCUUUUAAAAAUUUUGGCACUCCUUCAACAGGAAGAAUUUACAAAUAUGUAGAACCAACGAAUGUGCGAUGUGACAGUGGUGUGCUGGAAGGAGAUCUUAUCAGCAUUUACUACGAUCCGCUUAUAGCAAAAGUAAUUUCCCAUGACGUGGAUAGAAAGAGUACAAUACAAAAAACAAUCAACGCGUUGGAUUCGUACAUUCUCAGAGGAGUAACGCAUAAUAUUCCUCUCUUAAGGGAUGUCCUCACAAGGGAAGACUUUCAGAGUGGUGAAAUUAACACCGAGUACCUUAAUCGGACCUAUGGUCAAGACGGAAGAAAAUUCACAAGGUAUAAUUUGACUUUGGAAGAGAAACAAGCCUUAAUUGCUAAUGGUGUUGCAAUGUUUACGAAAGAAGAGGUUAGGAGAAGAUUUCAUCAAGGACCUACAAUAAAUGAUAGUGAAUCCAUUAAGGUAGUCAUUGAAUUGCCCGGUGGGAAUGACCAAAAUAGAAAUCAAUAUCAUGUGUUAAUUAGAAACAUUGAAAAAAUCAAAAACACGGAAGAAUUUAGUCUUGAACUUAAAAUUGAUGAUAAUGAUUGGUUUGGGUAUAGUAUAUCUACACAAGGAUUAAUCAUUAAUGGUCCUACCGAUAUUGUAAUGCAAUUUGCUUACAAGAAACCAGACGGAGUUGGAAUUAUAUUUAAAGGUGCCUUAUAUGAUCUUAAGAUACUAUCAAAGGUAGCUCAUGAUUUAAUGCAAUACGUAACCACAAAAUCAACCCAUUCUAUUUCAAAAGAAGUCAGAGCUCCAAUGCCUGGAUUAAUGAAGAAUAUUCUAUGUAAAGAAGGACAAGUUGUUCAUGAUGGAGAAGUUCUAUGCAUUAUAGAAGCAAUGAAGAUGCAGAACUCCAUGAACGCUUCUACAGCUGGAAGAAUUAAAAAAAUCAAUUUUUCCAUUGGUGAUCGAAUUGCUGAAGAUGAUGUCCUCAUUGAAAUUGAAUGAUUAUUUCAUUUAUUUUCGAAAGUGUUGGUAGCACCUAGAUUGUACAUUAUUAGAUUUGAACCAGAUGCGGUUUUAGGUUAGGGUCAUCGGCUCUCGUGCCGGUUUAAUCGCCAAGACCAAUAUUGCCGCGGCAGAUUAGUAUGAUCGCGCUCUCGCGCAUGAAACUAUCAAAUUCAAUUGGCCGAAAUAAUUGUUAUACCUAUCCCAGGUCCCGGAUUAUGACCGCGGUCGGGAAUGUAUCACGCGAUUAUAUGCGUAGCACAUCACGACGCAGAUAGCAACAUAACCUCAAUCGUGCAAGGGUACAUUCAGGUGAGAUUUGCAAUUUAAUAACAAUGAACAAUUAGAGUUUAUCUGCAAAGCUUAUCACAUGUGGCAAUUAUGUUAGAAUAUAAGAAUUGUAUUAGUAAUAGUUUGUUUUUAAUUACUUUUAAUUAAAAUUUAAAUUAAUAUUAUAUACUAGCUUUUGCCCGCGACUUCGUCCCGGUACUGCUUAAUAAAAAUGUAAUUCGUUUUCACUCUCUUGUUUUAGACAUUUUAUUUUAAAGAAAUUAAUUAUAUAAAGAAUUGCUAAUCCUAAUGCACUUCAGUGAGCCAUCUAGGUUUCAACUAUUUAACUAUAACUAUGAUUGAAUCUCAAUGCCAACUUUUAUCCUAAAGAAAGGACUGUCUUUAGAGUUUUCCCGGCAAUUAAUCAAUUUUUUCUUGCCUUAAUAACCAUCCUUGGACUUUAACAAACAUUUAGAAAAAAGAAUUGACCAAAUUGGUCUUGGCGUUGUUGCGUUAUGCGCUUACCAACAGAUUUUGCAAUUUAUUUUUAUUUUAUAGAAGAUAUUAAUGUGUGACUUUA